AGAAGGGUCUGGGAUUCCUUUAUGAGGUGCAACCAAAACAGCUGUUAAACAUUGCAACAGGGAUAUUCUGGCAGGGUGUCUGUCUAGCAUUAGUUCUGAAUACAGUUGUGGUUUUGAUCACUAAAAUGGCUGUGACUUUUGGACUCUCUUUGAGUGUUUCUUGGAUUUGUUGCCUGCUAAUUGGAGGGAUAACGUGUUUUACCCUUCAAGGUGAUGCUUAUGGGCAUCCUUCCUGCACUGGACCUGAACCAACUGGAUCCCAAGCAAGUGUGGCGUCUGGUCCAAAUGCUAAAGCUACUGGCUACAAUACCCUGGCAAGUGUGACGCAGGGUCCAAAUGCUGAAGCAACCGCCAGCCAUACCUCUGCUGAAGCAACUGCCAACCAUGUCUCUGCAGAAGCAGCUGGCCCCCGCGCCUCAGCUGAAGCAACUGCUCACCAUACCUCUGCAGAAGCAGCCCGCGCCUCAGCUGAAGCAACUGCCAACCAUGUCUCUGCAGAAGCAGCUGGCCCCCGCGCCUCAGCUGAAGCAACUGCUAACCAUACCUCUGCAGAAGCAGCCCGCGCCUCAGCUGAAGCAACUGCCAACCAUACCCCUGCAGAAGCGUCCGCCGGCCCCCGCGCCUCAGCUGAAGCAACUGCCAACCAUACCCCUGCAGAAGCGUCCGCCGGCCCCCGCGCCUCAGCUGAAGCAACUGCCAACCAUACCUCUGCAGAAGCAGCCCGCGCCUCAGCUGAAGCAACUGCCAACCAUGUCUCUGCAGAAGCAGCUGGCCCCCGCGCCUCAGCUGAAGCAACUGCUAACCAUACCUCUGCAGAAGCAGCCCGCGCCUCAGCUGAAGCAACUGCCAACCAUACCCCUGCAGAAGCGUCCGCCGGCCCCCGCGCCUCAGCUGAAGCAACUGCCAACCAUACCCCUUCAGAAGCGUCCGCCGGCCCCCACGCCUCUGCAGGAGCGGCGGCCGGCCUUGAACAGACGGCCCGACCCCUCAACAAGCUAGAUAGGGAGAUCAUAAUUUGGUUUGCCCAACUCCUUAAUCGUCUUUCUCCUGUUACUGUGCCUCCAUUUGAAAAAAAGGGCAAAGGUAACUGAGGUGAGGAAUUGUGCAAACUAAUGCGCUUGUUUGAAAUGAGGAUCUCCUUCACUUGCGCUUCUUUAUGCAAAUUGUUUACAGGGGCGAACACUACAAUGGUAUGAAUUGUUUUCAAAACCAUACGACUAAAUUUUACAUCUGAUUUGGCCACUAUUGCUGACACUUAGGUUGUACGGUUACGAUUUUGAUUUGUCCUGGGGUUCCUGCUACUCUUGCAUGAUUUGUUCAAUAAACAAUUUGACUUGCAAAAUG